AUGCGGGCUCGGCUUGCUUUGCUCUCGGUUGCAAACAACGAGCAGAAGAACCCGAGGGUUCCUCGCCGUCUCAAGCCGUUUCUUCGGGGAGGCUUUGGGGAGGCUUCGGGGUUCGGGUCUGCAGGAGCCGAAUGUCUUGCCGGGUUUCGUUAUCCCCAGAGUUACUGGUUAUUAAUGAGAAUGUUUCCUACGAUCAGGGUUUCCUUCUCAGGGGUGGAUCCCGAAGCCAAGUACAUCGUGUUAAUGGAUAUUGUUCCUGUGGACAAUAAAAGAUAUAGAUAUGCCUACCACAGGUCUUCCUGGUUGGUGGCUGGAAAAGCUGACCCUCCACUCCCUGCAAGGUUGUACGUGCACCCUGACUCCCCAUUCACUGGAGAGCAGCUGCUGAAGCAGAUGGUGUCCUUCGAAAAAGUCAAACUCACCAACAACGAGCUGGAUCAACACGGCCACAUCAUUCUGAACUCCAUGCACAAGUACCAGCCAAGGGUCCACAUUAUUAAGAAGAAGGAUCAUACGGCUUCUUUGCUAAAUCUGAAAUCAGAAGAGUUCAGGACAUUUAUCUUUCCAGAGACAGUUUUUACAGCUGUUACCGCCUACCAGAAUCAAUUGAUAACCAAGUUGAAAAUUGACAGCAACCCUUUUGCUAAAGGAUUCCGGGACUCUUCCAGACUCACUGAUAUUGAGAGAGAAAGCGUGGAGAGCCUCAUCCAAAAGCAUUCCUACGCCCGAUCCCCCAUUCGAACCUAUGGAGGAGAAGAUGAUCUUGGAGAUGACAGCCAGGCAACACAAAGCAGAGGGUCAGCCUUUACAACAUCUGAUAACCUGUCCCUCAGUUCCUGGGUAUCCUCCUCAACCAGUUUUCCCGGAUUUCAGCAUCCGCAGUCUUUGAGUGCCCUGGGUACCAGCACUGCAUCCAUAGCUACACCCAUUCCUCAUCCAAUCCAAGGAUCUCUGCCUCCGUACAGCCGCCUGGGAAUGCCUCUGACACCCUCUGCUAUAGCCAGCUCCAUGCAAGGUAGCGGCCCCACCUUCCCUUCCUUCCACAUGCCUAGGUACCACCAUUAUUUUCAGCAGGGUCCUUAUGCAGCUAUCCAGGGACUGCGUCACUCCUCUGCAGUGAUGACGCCGUUUGUAUGA